CAUCCUUGCUCUCUACAAACAACAGAACUGUGGUAAAACAUUUUGGCCUCAGACCAUUUACUAUGUUAAGAGGUAUUCUUCUCUUGGCAUGUCUUGCACUGUCAUCACAGCCCAUGGAGUGUCGACCAGGUGAUGCUGAUGGUGUUUUCAAAAUUCUGGACAGAUUAAGAGUUGUUGGUCGUAGCUGCAAGGAAAUUCAACAGAAUUAUGAUAUUCAUGAAGAUGGUCUGUAUUAUCUCACCACCUCCAACGGGGUCGUGUACCAGACCUACUGUGACAUGACCACUGCAGGUGGUGGAUGGACACUGGUAGCCAGUGUGCACGAGAACAACAUGUAUGGGAAAUGCACUGUGGGGGACCGCUGGUCCAGUGAACAGGGAAACGAUCCGAACCGCCCUGAUGGAGAGGGUACAUGGGCCAACAUGAACACCUUUGGGACUCCAGAGGGUGCAACUUCUGAUGACUACAAGAAUCCUGGUUAUUAUGAUAUUGUAGCGGGGGAUGUGUCUGUUUGGCAUGUGCAUAACGAUGUUCCACUGCAACAGUGGACGGCUACUGCCAUCUUACGUUACCACACAGAAACAAAUUUUCUCACACUCAAUGGAGGGAACCUCUACCAACUCUAUCAGCGCUACCCAGUGAGGUACAAUGCUGGAGCAUGCAGGACUGACAAUGGACCAUCCAUUCCUGUGGUGUAUGAUUAUGGAAAUGCUGGGACCACAGCAAACUUCUAUGGCCCAGCCCCUAGAGGUGAAUUCAUUCCUGGCUUCAUCACCUUCAGAGUGUUCAAUCGUGAGAGGGCAGCCAUGGCCAUGUGUUCUGGAGUCAAGCCCACUGGAUGCAACACUGAACAUUAUUGCAUUGGUGGUGGGGGACACUUUCCUGAAGCUGCUCCUCGUCAGUGUGGGGAUUUCACAUGGUUUGACGCCAAUGGUUAUGGAACAGGAGCAGGGUGGAGUGCAUCCAGAGAGAUGACUGAAGCUGCUGUGCUGCUCUUCUACCGCUGAAUCUAUUUAACUGUGCAGAAGACAUAUUUUGCGAUUAUAUCAAUAUUUGGUUUCUGGUUGUCCUACUGUAUAUUAAUACAGAGCAUAAAUACGGACAUUAUACGCCCUGCAUUUUAUUGGUGAGGUUUAAAGUAUAAAAUCGAUGUUGACUAAUGUCCUAGAUUCUUCUCUACAUAGUGCUAGAUCUUUCCUUUCACCUGUCACUGUCCAGCCCUUAAGAAUCUAUCAGCAAAAAGUAUAUUAAAAUGGAUCUGAUUGCAUUAAUA